AUGCGCUUCCUCCGAUCACUCCUGGCCGCGACCUCCUUCCUGGCGGCUGGGUCCCUCGCCGCCAAGAAGACCACGGAAGAGCGCUUCAACGAUUUUCACACCAAGGCUCUUUCCUCCUCCCCGAUUAAGCUCGCCGAUACCAGCUACAAGUCUCUGACGGCUUCUCCUCGCGACUACACCGUCGCCGUUCUGCUGACUGCCCUGGAGUCGCGAUUCGGCUGCCAGUUGUGCAGAGAGUUCCAGCCGGAAUGGGAUCUCCUCGGCAAGUCCUGGACCAAGGGCGACAAGAAGGGCGAGUCUCGCCUCCUCUUUGGCACUCUUGACUUCGCUGAUGGUCGCGAGAUCUUCAUGUCUCUCGGUCUCCAAACUGCCCCCGUUCUCCUGCUGUUCCAGCCCACCGUCGGACCUCACGCCGUUCCUGCCCAGGACCCUCUGCAAUACGACUUCACCAGCGGACCCCAGUCUGCUGAGCAGGUCCAUGCCUGGCUCGCUCGUCACCUCACCGACCGACCCCACCCUGCCAUCAAGCGACCGAUCAACUGGAUGCGCUGGAUUUCCACCAUCACCAUCGUUCUCGGUCUUGGAACUGUUGCGGUUACGGCCUCGCCUUACAUCUUGCCCAUCAUCCAGAACCGUAACCUCUGGGCUGCCGUCAGCCUGAUCGCCAUCCUCUUGUUCACCAGUGGACAUAUGUUCAACCACAUCCGAAAGGUCCCUUACGUUGCCGGCGACGGCCGUGGAGGCAUCAGCUACUUCGCAGGCGGGUUCCAGAACCAGUUCGGCUUGGAAACACAGAUCAUCGCUGCCAUUUACGGUGUCCUGGCUUUCUGUGCCAUCUCUCUCACCGUCAAGGUGCCCCGCAUCGGAGACUCCAAGACGCAGCAGGUUGCCGUCUUGGCUUGGGGAGGCGUGUUGUUCCUCAUGUACAGCUUCCUCCUCAGUGUCUUCCGUAUCAAGAACGGCGGCUACCCUUUCUCUCUGCCUCCCUUCAUGUAA